AUGCAGCUGGUGCUUGUUCUAGCAGCCAACAAAAAGUGCAACGGAUCCAGCGAGCUGUGUUCGCGGGCAUUCAACGAAGUAUCACACAUCUCGACACAUGCUUCAUUUGCGAUGGUAGACAGCUCGAACUCGAGCUUGCCGGGCACGCAGUACAAGAACAUCAAGCAGCAGCUGGAGGACGGGGUGCGUGGGCUGCAUCUGGACAUCUACAAGGGCUCGACGGCGGGCUCGGUGAAUUUGUGCUUCCCCGACUGCAGCGUGAUCAACGGCGGCACGCUGGCGGCGACGCUGGAAAUUGUGAAGGCGUGGCUCGAUGGCAACCCCAACGAGGUGGUGACGAUAUUCCUGGAUGGCGCUGAGACCACGGCGGACCCAGCUGCUGUGGAGCAGGCGUUCGUGAGCUCGGGCAUCGACACAUACAUGCUGCCCAGCAAGGCGGAGACUGGGAAGUGGCCGACGCUGGAGAAGAUGAUUGCCGACGGCACGCGGCUGGUGGUGUUUGCCGAG